AUGGCGUCUGCCAAAGAGAGAUUCGAUCUGAUCAAUGACAAUCUCGCUGAGAUCCUCAAUCCCGAAUUGAUUGAGAGCAUUCUCGCAGAGGGCAAGAACCCGCGCAUCUACUGGGGAACCGCGACCACCGGACGUCCUCACACUGGCUACUUGGUUCCUGCGAUCAAGAUCGCCCAGCUGCUCAAAGCCGGUUGCGAGGUUGUCAUCCUGCUCGCCGACAUCCAUGCUUUUCUUGACUCCCUCAAGGCACCAUUAGAAUUGGUGGAGAACCGGGUGAAGUAUUACGAGAAGGUCAUCACAUCACUUCUGAAGGCCGCCGGUGCGCCCAUCGAGAAAUUGGAGUUUGUCCUCGGAAGUUCCUACCAAAAGAGCCCCGAAUAUGUUAUGGAUCUGUACAAGCUGGCUUCUCUGACGUCCGAGCACGAUGCGCGAAAGGCCGGUGCUGAAAUCGUGAAGCAGUCGGCGAGCCCACCACUCUCUGGACUGUUGUACCCCCUUCUCCAGGUCCUUGACGAGGAGUACCUGAAGUGCGACGGAGAAUUGGGUGGUAUGGAUCAAAGGAAACUUUUCACUGCUGCCACCGAGUGGUUACCUAAGCUUGGCUACCGAAAGCGCGCUCAUCUGGUUACACCCAUGGUUGCCGGAUUGAAGGGCGCAAAGAUGAGCUCGUCCGACGAAGCAUCGAAGAUCGAUCUCCUCGACAGUGCAGAGGACAUCGCGAAGAAAAUCCGCAAGGCUGAAGCUAUCCCCAAGGUGGUUGAGAACAACGGCAUCAUUGCACUUGUCGAAUUUGUUCUUUUGCCACAGGCCCACCUUUCAGGAGAUGGAAAGUUUGUUGUUGAGCGCCGGGAAGGUGAACCUCUGGUCUACACCGAUAUCGCGAAGGUCAAAGAAGACUACACCAACGAUGUGCUUACCCCCCAAGAUCUGAAGCCUGCUGUUUCAAAGGGAUUGAAUGCUAUCAUGGAGCCAAUCCAAAAGGAAUACGCUGCUUCAACCGAGUGGCAGGAAAUCAACGCCAAGGCCUAUCCACCUCCAGUGGUGGAGAAGAAGGUCAAGAAGGUCAAGGACAAGGGUUCCCGAUUCCCUGGUCUGAACAAGGAGCAAGAGCUCCCGGUUCACCCGAAAGAAUAA